GGUGUCCAUAUCGAUGAUGAAAUAAGUCUAGUAAAAAUGUAUCGCUACCUAUAUAAUUGAUCGUCAUUACUAGAUCGAACAGAAAGGCUUGUGGUCGCCCAGGUGAACCAUCGACAAAUCCAUAUUGGAGAUAAAGACCGGCUCCUAUUUGCGCUCUGCAUCUGAAAACGACAAUUCUCCAUUGCCAUGAUAACUCAAGCGAAUUUUUCAUGGGGAGUAGUCGACUAUCGGCGUGACGAUGGCUACGCUAUUCAGGGCCGCGGAGACAGAAUGAAACCGCUCAGCCGAACGCUUUCAUGAAGAGACUGGCUGUUGGAGACUUCACCAGAACAUGCCAUGCAAGACAGCAUAUCAACGAUUCACCAUAACAUGGAUACACAUCCUUGGUUCAUAAUUAAUCAACCAAACGCGCACCUGUUCGGGAAGAAUCGUGGAGUGUUGCUAUCGGUCUGAGCAAUAUGGCCGCUCCAAGAAGAAUUCAUCUCACCGCAAUCUCAAGCAAUGCACACUUUCCUCUUCCCACCGUCCCCAGUGCCAGUGACCAAGCUGUCAACCAAGGUUUACCUGCGCCGACGCCAGCGGUUGGACCGCCACCACCCGCGCAUGCUGCAACGAGAGUGGAAUUAAAACUCUUCGAGUCGGAUGAACAAUGCUGCCCGGAGUUUAGCUACCCAGAUUUGAUCAGCGCAAAAGAAACCACUGAAAAAAAUAAACUACAAACAUUAGAAGAGGUGGUGGAGGGCAAGGAGAGAGAUGAACUGGAGGUGCUUGCAAAAAAGUUUGAAGCAAAAUAUGGUGGAGCUGGCAAAAGAAAAAAAGACCGAUUACAGGACCUGGUGGAUAUGGGCUUUGGUUAUGAUGAAUCUGAUUCAUUCAUUGACAACUCUGAGGCUUAUGAUGAGCUCGUCCCAGCUUGUCUCACCACCAGAUAUGGAGGCUUCUACAUCAACUCUGGAACUCUGCAGUUCCGGCCAGCUUCUGGUGAGGGAGAGGAGUACGAGAAUGCUUUUGAGGACAGUGGUUUUAAACCUAAGAAACGAAAGCUUACGCAAGGAAAAGACAAGAAAUUUGGGAAGAAAAAGAGAGAGGAAGACAUGCUUGCUAAGAAGGACGAGGAGGAAGCCAAGAAGAGCACCCCACCAGACAAAUCAUCUGCAAAGAAGAAGAAAAACAAGAAACUGCUAAGUAUCGAUAAGAUGCUGAAGAAGUUCCAUAAGGAAAAGCUUCAGCAGCUGCAGAUGUUCAAGGAGAGAGAUUCGCAUGCUCUCAGUGACACUGGUCUCAUUAUACAAGCUGAGGUUCAAGAACCGCCCAUAUCAGCUGACCCUCUUCUCACACUCAUUGGUUCUGCCAGUGCAGACGACCUCCUUCAAGCAGUCAAAGCAGCAGAGCAAGACUUUGACUUAGAUGGACUCUUGGGGGAGCCGCAGAACGUCUGCUCUCCAAGCCUGGAAGAUAACGGAGAUGCUCUGGUAGUGUCCGUCGAUGAGAAACCCCACAAAUUACUUCCCGAUGGUCUGCCACCUACACUAGAGCAACACAUUAAAGAACUUUCAGAGGCUGUCAAGAAAAUUGAAGGACAAAACAAGAUGGAGAUUUUGUCUUCAGAGCUCAACAGUGUUCUUCUAGAUGUGGAGGUGAACUCUAAACAGCUUAUUGGGAAAGUACGAUCCAGAAUCUUCUCAUACUUGGCAUCACAGAUGUCCUGCAGCAAAGGCACUCUGGUUAAAAGAGCCAAAAAACUCCACAGUCUCCAACAGGAUGAACAGCUGUGGGAGCUGCUGAAGAAGCUGGAGAAUGCGGUUGGCAGGUCCAUGCCAGAACAGAUCACCCGUUUCCAGAAUCACUGCCAAGCUCACUCUGAAGCCAGAGCUGCCAAACUCGAGGCUGAGAAAGAGAAGGCAAUUGAUGGUUCCGACGAGGAAGAAGAGGAGAGGAGUGGAAAACGAGUGUUUGGGCCUCGCAAGAGGUUCAGAUGGAAUGAAGAGAUCAGGGAGUUGCUCUUUGAGAUUGUGAAUUUGAAGAUGAUUAUUUAUGACUCGGAGUCGCCUGCAUGCUCUAGUUUGGAAGAGUAUCUGAAAGGAUUCCUAGAGGCUGAUAUUAAACCACUUUGGCCUAAAGGAUGGAUGCAAUCCAGGAUUCUGCUUAUAGAAACCCGAAAAGCACAUGGCCAUAUCACUGGUGUUGUGGCAAGAAAGAAGCCAAUGGGUACAACAAAACUAAAAAAGUUCAGUGCCACCCCUGAGGACAGUAAGAAUAACCCAGAAACUCAGGGCCCACCAGCACUGAAACGUAAGCGUCUGAGUGUACCUGCGAGCAUGCAACCUGAAGCCACGCUGAGCACCACUGCCAAAACGCCAUCAAACACACAAACCUCUACCCCCUUCUCCAUCCACCCAUCUAAUCGGAGUCACAAGGAAGGUAACAAGAUUGAGAACCAUCAUACCAGCACUCAGAGAAGUCUGGUGACCGCAGAGGGGGCUGGACCAAUCCAGAUGAUGUGGACCAAGUCUGCUAUGGAUUCCGAUUCAAAGUGGCUCCAGGCUGGAGAGAAGGCAGCUCCAAAACUGACGCUGGUGGCACCGCCAUCAGAUGGUGCUCAGGGUGACUGUCCAUCGGUGGUGCAGGGAGUGGCUAGGCUGCUCACUACCACCUCAGUGGGCGACACCCCUGUUUCUAUGGCAGCAGCAGCUGGUGAGAUCUCCUGUGGGAACCCAGCGCUUCCCACCCCUUCUCUAUCCCUCCUUCCGUCCUCCUACCCCACCACAGUACAACCUGGUGUCUUACCGAGCUUUGCCCCCCUGCAUGCUCUCCCAUUCCCUGGGCUCAGCCCUGGCACCAAACUCCCUGGACAGCCUCAGGCCUGCAAAGGAGCUGUUUUUCCUGGCCCAGCACCUGGAACUUUCCAGCAUGGUCUGGCACACGGUAACUCCAUGCUGUGCUCUAGCACAGUUCAUCUUCUGUCUGUCCCUGUUUCUUCUCCUGCUCCUCUUCUUUCUUUAACACCAUGGCUCUUUGGUUUAGAUGGAAGCCAGAUCCACACAGAUGGUCUAAAUGCUCGGAGAAAACUCCAUUAAUGGCCAUUAGAAUGAAACAAAAGCCAACUGUUACCUACAGCAAAAUUUGCCACUUUUCCUAAGAUCAUGAAGAUGGAGCUGAUAUGAUUGAACAUGGAUUUGAAUUCUAAUGGAAAGAGCAGAUUAGGAGACAUUUUGUUUGUAUAUUUUAGAAUCAAAACGUUGUUUGUUUGCAGUUAAAAAAAAUUGCACUGAUCAUGAAUGGGCAUAAGUAUUAUAAUGUAAUUAUUUUUUCACAGUAAUGAGAUUAUAAUUUGGAUGAUAUGACCAGCCAUGUGACCUCAGUGCAGUGAAAUGCACUUACUUUAAGGCAGAUGCUUGAGUGAAUUUGUCUGUUGUUACCUUUUUCAAUUGCCAUUUCUCUCUCUCAGAGGUGAUCUACAAGUGAGGAUCCAAAAUCCUAACCUAUUUAUGAAAUUAAAUGAACAACAAUGAAUUCCAGGUGGUGUGGGAUUCCACACUACAGCAUUAUUUCCAAGUACAUGUUUGCAAUGAAAAUAUAAAGCAACUCUGAAUCUGUUGUACUAGUCAAAGGCCGAGAUUGCACUUUGUCUUGUUUUGGUGGUGUUGUUGUUGGACUGGGUAAUUAAAAUGAUGCCAGUGUUAUGAUCUCAGGGCUGCUAAGUACAAUGGCUGAGUUAUUGAGUAAUGCUGCAAAAUAUGUAGAGAUAAAAGCACCUGCUUUUGUUUUUGAACAUACUGAAAAAUGACUUGAGGUAAAAUGUGGAAAAUAAAGUUUCCUAAAAUAUUCUAUUGUUAACAUUGUAUUGAGAAGGUGGGUCAGAUUAUUAUUAUUUUUUUAAUCUAGCAGAAAUUGUUUCAUCGGCUUUUUUCGCUAUAUUUUUGUACAUAUUAAUGUACAGUGAGCAUUAAUGUCAAGCCUCAUUUCAAGUCUAUGCAAAGUUGGAAAAAAAGUUCAGCAAAACUGGUGCGUGUUGUUUAAUGACCUCUUAUACGGUCUGUAUAUACGUGACCGCUGCUGAAGACACAAUGUGAGAUACUGAAGAACUUGUUUAAUACAGCUGUAGUUGGUUUUUACCACAUUAUUCCUUUUAAAUCAUAUUACUGCCAGUGAUGCAGUAUAUCUAAACGUUAACAUGUACAGCUGUUCUGUAAAUAACUAAACAAAAGUAAGUACUAUUAUUUGGCCUUUCUGGAACUAUCCACUAGCUGCAACAUUAUAACAAAAGAAACCUGAGAAAUUAUGACAACUUUAAAGAAAACUGAUACAUUGACCAAAGCAGAUGUUGGAUGCAUUUCCUCAAAUCUAAUUCGAUAAAUGAAUCCUUAAUCAAAUAUGUAGAUAUACUGAAGAUAUUUAACAAAAUUUGCUAUUUCAUUAAAGUAGUAUUUAAAUGCUAAUCUGGCAACUAUGACAAAUCAAGAUGUUUAGUUUGAAAUACUACUACAAUGUUAGCCUGGUUUAUCUUAAUAACCCACUAUGGAUGUUUUAGAAUAUAGGAUUUAAAUUUUGGAGUAAAAUAAGUUCUGUGGUUAGAAGUGAUGUGUUUGUUCAUUUUGGUUUGAUGUGAACAGUAACAGACUAACAGCAGGGUCACCAAAUCUGCCAAGGCAGCAUUACAGGUUACCGGAAUCCAUUACCCCACAAUAUUUUACACAAAAUGUCUUUAAUGUUAUCCAAAUUUACUGUGUUGUCUAACCUCCUCUGUUUUAUAUCCUAAAAAGUAUUUUGGUCUGAUGUGAACAACACCAGACAUGUACAGCAGGGUCACCAAAUCCGUCACACCCUUAUGUUUCACACAGAAAGGCUUUAAUGCCAUGCCAGACUCAUUCUCGCACAAAGAUUGAAUGAACAGCGACCUCUUAUCACAGAUUUGUCUAGGUCACUAAUGUUUGAACUUACAGUGUUAAUGGAGUUCAAGCUGCACCUUUGCUGUGUGGACUACAGAGAUUUGUGCACACAAAAGCACAAGAAGCUAUUGUUCUCCAAG